GAAGAUUCACUGACGUCAACGAACUUCACCAAAACUGUGCAACUUGUUAGAUAUUAUAGAUUGUUGCGCGUCAUGUAUGCAGCCGUUUCGAAAACCAAUGAAGUCCAAAGUGCCACCAGCUCAACGAACGGAUUUGUUGGAAGAAUGUUGCAGUUGCCUGGAAUUGAAAGUGCCUUGCAGCAGUCUCAAAAUGUUUACGGAUUUAUAAAAGCUUCUAGUUGUGUUUCUAGUGCAUUAUUAAAAGCUGAAAAAGUUACUAGUAUAGUCAUCGCGCCUUCACAAAAUCAACAUUCAACAAAAGCUAUCACAGAUAAUGCAGACACGGCAAUCAUUGUCGCCAGUAACCAAACACAUCUAAAAUCAAUAAAAGAAUUCGGUAAAUCCAAAGUACUGUCGCUCAAAGAGCUAUCUUGGCGUAAAACCAAUGAAGUGUUGUCAUCUUCCUAUGGUCUCAAGGCUUUGAAAGGCAUCGACUACGCUUCAGGUAUUUUGGAAGGAGUUUUGGACAGUUAUCUGCCUCUAUCUGAAAAUGAUUCUAAAGCUGAUUAUAAAAUUCCGCCUGCAGAAGAAGACGGUUUGGCUCACGCUGUGCAAACUUUGGGGAAAAUAUGCAGACAGCUGGUACUGCGUGUGCACAACAAAGUUAACCUAGAGAAAAAUGAAUUGCACAACUACAUGUCUUCACUUACGGUGUACGAAAUCCUGUCUGAAUACGUUGAUCGUAUCUACAAACGCAAGUCAUAUAAAAAUCAAUAAUCAAUAAAUGAAAUA